GCUGCCGCACAUAAGAGGAUUGCUCACAUUCUGUCGUCUAGCCUGUAACCAGAUUACAGAAGUGCAGCUAAAAAGAAAGGGCCCAAUAAACGACGGCGACAGAAAAUCAAGAGAAGCCCCUGUGAACACUUUCACGAAUUAAGACUUCAUAGUUUGGAUCAGUUUCUGCUGCAAUAUUGUGGAGGGAAUGCUGGGAUAGUAAGUUAUUCAAAUAUGGCGAUUGCAUUUUAGAACAUUAUAGGAUGUCUGAGAAAGGGACAGACCAGACUAUACAUGAGGAGUAUGAAGAUGACUUUGAAAAAGACUUGGACUGGCUAAUUAAUGAAGAAAACAAAGCUGAUCAUAUAGAGGAACAUGAGAAUAAAAAUUUUGAAGCUUUAAUUGAUGAAGAACUAGCAGAGGAGGGAGCAGAUCAUUCAGGGAAAUUGAAAAAAAAUAAAGAUUUUGAUAGUGAAGACACAAGAAAUGGAGGCCAAGAACCACCUCCUGAAAUUGAGGGUUCGUUUCUGAGGGGAGAGAAAAAUACUGCACAUUCUGAUGAAGAAGCAAAGAAAUAUAUUACAGAGAAGAUUGAGCAAGCCAAUCGGCAGCUUGAAGAUGAAGGACCAGCUGAUGAAAAUCGCGAGCGACGCCUAAAAUUCAAGGACAAUUUAGUUGACUUAGUUGCUCCACCAGCAGAUUAUGUUGAAGGUGAUGAAAAUGAAGGGGACAGAGUCACAGGGCAAAUGUCAGAGUUACAAAUAUCUGCAGGAUCCCCACAGAGAAGCAAAGAUGGUCAAUCGAAAGACAGCAAAGUGCUUAUUGAAAAAGAUGGGAAGUUUGACCUGGUGAGCCUCAAUGACAUUGAAAGCCAGGGCCUACUUCCCCCAAUACCUGGUGCCUCAAGUGAUGGUGAACAAAAACAAAUGUCUCCAAGGCCUUUGCCAGAUGGUAGUGGUGCUGAUUGGUGCCCAGUGCAUGGAAGAAGAGUAGAUUCUGAUGCUUAUUCUCCCAAACCACCUUCAUUUCCUCCCAGGGGUCGACCUAGUUCAGCUCACAAUAUCCUAGGGACCACUUGGAAAAGACCAUCAACUCGAAGGGCACAUUCUGCGCAAAGUACCUUUGCAUUAACUCUUGAGCAAAAAGAACACCAGAAACAACUUGAACAAAGGAGGGAAAGGCUCAGAAAAGAGGAAGAAGCUAGAAAAAAGGAAGAGGAAGAUAUUAGAAGGCAACAAAAUGAAAUUGCUUUCAAAGCAUGGUUAGUAAGAAAGAGAAACAUGCUGCAAGAGGAACGGCGAAUACAGAUGGCCAAGGAAAUAGAACGGAUAAACAACACGCAGGAAAUGCCAGAUCCACAGGAAGCUUAUAAACAUUGGCUGAGGAAGAAAAAUCAACAGCAGUCAAAGGAGCGGCAGGUUGAAGAAAUUAGAAGGCAAGAAGAAGAAAACGCUAUGUAUAUUCAUGGAAGAGAAGAGUGUGAAAGGGCAUUUAAAGUAUGGCUUAAAAGGAAGAAAGCAGAAAAGAGAUCGGAGAGGCAAACAGUGAAAGACCGCUCCAGAAGGCUUCUUACUGAAGCCAGGAGAGCAAAGAGAAUGCGAGAUUUGUUCUACACUAUCAGCGAAGCAAAAUUGUUUAAAUUUGUAAACCAGAAUGACUUCUAAGUAUUAAAAAAACUUGUGUGAUCUCCAGUUGAAUAUAUAAGUGAUGGAUAAAAACUAAUCCACUGUGUCAGCCUAGCCAAACAAAAAUUAAACUUUAAUCAGAGAAAGCUGAAAUAGAAACUGAUUUGUACUGUAUUUCAAUGAUAAUGGAAGUAUUGCAUAAAGAUUUUUAAUCAACAAUCAUAAUAAUACAAGAAAGCAAAUUAUAUUCUCACAAGUCUAUUUCUUAUUUGUAUCUUUCCAAGAUUAUACAUAAGAGGUAAGCAAGAACGAUAGUAUCAACUUAGGAACUCCUGUUUGUAGCCAGCUCGGGAGAAAUCACAUCUGUUUUAUGUAUCUUAGUGUUACAAUCUGAAUAAUAUCUUUACUUAGUGAACAAAAUUGUCAUCCAGAGUUUAAUAAUAGAGCAUUCAGUAUUUGUGAUGUAAGUAAAUGAUACAUUACAUAUUCCAUGUUUGGAGUAUUAAUUGACCAUUAGAGCUAUUUAUAUGUUGCCACACAUUUUUUUUAGCAUGUUAAAUACAUCUUUAGUUAAUUUUAAGGGAGAUUUCAUUAAGGACAUGUUACAACACAUCAGACAUUCAGUCAUGAGAAUCUCAUUCUGUUAAGAUCUUCUGUGCAUUCUGUCACAUUCCUUAUCUUCUAAUAAUAAUAAUCAUGGGGGCUGAUAAGACAUCACAACUGGGCAAGAGCUGUUUCAUUUAAACUAGUGGUGAAUCACUCCUUCCACAGUCAAUCUGAUUUGACCAAUAGGUACUUUCUCCAAACUAUUGAAUCAGUAAUCUGUCAUGUGGGUAAUAACAUGGACUUGCAUUUUAGAAUGCUGAUUUCCAAGAAAGUAAUUUGUGUUUAAUUUGACAUUUGAUUACUGUCCUAUCUGAAAGGCUAUUUAAAAAGGGAAAAAGUAUUGCAUUUUUGUCACCUUCAUGUCUCAUGUUGUGCACCUUGCACUGCAGAGCAAAACAAAAAGAGUAUCACAGCAGUUUUGGGUCACUAGUUUUAUUUCUUAAUAUUGUGAACUUAGCAAUAUGACUUAGGUUUGACCCUUUGAGCAGUUUAAUCAAGUGCAGAUACAGAAGCAGGUACUGUUUAUUUGUAUUGCAUUGUCUUGUUGAUGAUUUGCAGAAUUUGCACUAAAAUAUAUUUACCCGGACUCACACAUCAAUGUUUGUGGAUUACCAAAAAUGUCAAAUUUAACCAAUUUUUAAUAAUAUGCUAAUAUAGCUAUGAAAAUAAUUCAGAUCACAAUGGGGAUAGAAAUUCUUAUUUCAGGCAUUAAUGUAUCAUUAAGAGAUUUGAGGUGCAUUAAUACAUUCAUAUGGUCCAUAAGGCUGGUUUCUGUCUUGAAUUCAGUGCUGCAGGGACAGGCUGCAGAACCCAGCAACCCUGAAUUAGAAUAAGCAUUUUUGAGAAGAGACUGUGUUAAAUAUCUAACAUUUUUGAAGAAUGUUUGAAAUGUAGUACAGGGCCAGUGCCUUCAGAUAAGCAGACAUCUGAAAUAAAAUAUAAAACAUCUUGUAUGAACUUACGGAUAAUGUCAUAGGAGAAGAGAAACUAUGACCAAUGUGACACAUGAGAAGUUGAAGUCUAAAAUGCAUGAUUCACUUUUUUUAUUCAGAUAAAUAAAAUAUAUAUAUGGAACAA